AUGACAACAGGAAAUUUUACAAUCGAAGAUUUAGCAAAGAAUCUAAUUCAUAAACUUGAUCGUGGUAAUAUAUUCCCACCGUAUUAUGACGACCCAGAAAUUUUUAUUGCAAAGCUUUUAGCUACAACCACUUCUUAUCCCACCGUAUCUUCUACGCCCACCACCGACACCAACUCGCCAACACCCACCACACUCAUAACCAAAUUAAAGCCCACAAAUUUAAUGUUUCGAAAACCAAAACGACCACAAAAUGCAUUUUUAUUAUGUAGAAAAAAUGUACAUCAAGAAGCGAAACGAAUUGGAUCGUGUAAUAUGAGAAUAAUCAGCAAGGUGACUGGAAUAAUGUGGAAGAAUGCCUCAGUGCAAGAGAAGCAAGUUUAUGAAAGAUUGGCUGAUAGAGUUAACGAGAUACAAAAUCAACGAUAUCUUCGUGAAACUAAUAAAAUUCAACAACAACAUCAAAAAGCAAAAUUACGGGUGCAAUUCCAAUUACAACAAAAUCAUCAGUCGACGCAACUGCAACCCCUUCAAAACCAAAGAUCGAUUUACAAUAAUAGCAAUGAUGGUUUCAUUAUUACAAAUAAUAAUGAUAAUACUGUUUUGUUAAGCGAUUUUGAUUUUUCUGCAAUAAGUGAUCAACAAUUAUUUGAAUUGGAUUCAACUGCAGUUCCUAAUGGUAUCAUCAUUACAAAUAAUGAUGGUAAUUACGAUAAUAACAUCCAUUCAAUAUACAACAAUCCACUAAGUAAUUAUAUUCCCGCAACAACGACAACCACCGCUGAUAAAUACUAA